AUGGCUUCGAACAAGGGGGUGGAACACGUGCCGCUGCUGCUGCUGCUGCUGCUAUGCAGGGCUCGAGUGUCGCAGAACCUGCUCGUGGACAUGGCUCGCUCCAGCUCCUCCCGUCUCCCUGUUGAACUUCCCCCGAACGGACCCAGCGGAGGGAGGCUGAAAUUGAGAGGAGGUGGUCCCGCUGGUAGCACGUGGGGGAACGUGAGCUGGUUGGAUCAAGGAUGUGAGGGCAGAGCGCAAGCUCAGCCGACUCUGAGGAUGUGGGGGGGAGUGAGGAGAAUCUCAGAAGAUGAGUCCGAUACAGCUCCGGCCUUACGAGGACUGCCGCAAGAGGACAGGCAGUUGAUUGUUGAUGGGCAGAAAGUGAGCAUAUCAAAGAACGGAACAUCUCAUUCUGAAAACGCGACUUCAAUAUCUGUGGAGGGAUACGACGCAGCCAAAAUGAUUUAUAGAGGUGUUGAAGAAGAAGUUCCCAUUGACUACAGUAUACUUCGGACACUCCCCUGUUCGGGCGAUGCAUGGGCCGGAAUUUUCUUCGAUGUCGAGGCAGCGAAUGAUGUUGAGAUCAAUGCAAUUGGCAUUGCUUCGCAUGUCUACCGACUGGAACCGCACGUGAGCGUUCGCAUCUUCUACUGCAACGGAAGCUCGAUAGGCAAAGAGGUUGACUUGACUCAAUGGGAGUGCGUCUUCUUCGCUCCAAACUGUUCGUUACCCAAAGUCAGCAGAUUCGACAACCACACCGAAGAGGAUUCUCCCUAUGCUCAUAUGCAACUAUCGCACGGCAUUCCGCUCAAGAGCACAGAGGUUGUGGGCUUUGCUGUCUACACCAACAGCUUUCACUGCGUGGAAGUCACUGGCUCAGACCAUCCGUUCGACGAGGUGGCUUAUGACGCUGCCAAUCAUAAUGGGGGAUACACGUCGGAUGAGAACGUGAGGGCUUUUGUUGGGGAGGUCGUGUACACGGCUUCAAGCUGA